GGAAGAUUACCCAAACGCCAUUGUUCUGCAGCUCGAGGAGGCUCUGAUGGUCCAAGAUGAAAUUGAAGUCGUCUCUUACAUCAAGUUCUACGAUCGAUUCCUUGACACAGAUUUGCUGCAAAAAAGUUGGCCUAUAGUGGAGUCGUGUUUGAGCAAGCAUGGCGUUUUGUGCACACUGGAUCUGGUUGAGGGUAAUAUGAAGGUCUCUAAAACUAAAAGGGCUGAAGAUGAAGACAUAAUUUUCAAGGCAAUUGAUAUUUUGCAGCUUUUGUCGAGAAGUGUUCCAGCACGUUGGGCAAUACGAACGCUGGAUUGCAGUUGGCAACAUGAGAUCAUCAAGAUUGGGAAUCAAGAAGGGGGGAUUUGCAACAUAUUUGGGAUCAGUAAGGAGCAAUUUCUUGCACGGAGGAAUCUUCUCGCUGGUGUCAUAAAGGGACUUUUUGAACUUACUGGCUGUGGCGUUUUUCUUAAGGGAAAUACCAUUGCUCUUAUUGGUCCACUGCAAGGAAUAAAGACGAUAACAAAGAUUGUGGAAGACUGCAUCGCUCACAAUGUGCCUCCUGCACCCCGUGUGCGGAGGAUUAAAAAGAAGACUCAACUGAUGAAGGAUGCGAGGAUUAAAAUGACAAGUGAAGUGAUGAAGAGUCUCGAGGCUUUUCAUGUCUGAAAUGUCAUAAUUUCAUCUAUAGUUUCAAAGGCUUCAUGCCAAAAUUAUCUCAACGACAAGAGACAUUCGUACUUUUUAGGGAUAUUGUAUAUCAUAUCUAUCCCUUGGAAAAACUUGAAGUGAGAAAUAUGAAUUUAAUUAGGAGUGCAGAAUGAUCCCAAAU